CAUGAGGGCAAAGGAACAGUGCAAGCCAUGGUUCAACGUCCGCAGUUCAUUCACUCCCGACAGGCAACUUUCGCUGACCUUUGAGCUCUAUGGGCCUAGAUCUUGCACGAGCUUCAAGCCAAUAUGUUCAGCGACGGCAGAUGCAACGAUCAGGCGCGGGAGGCUAUCAGGCUCACCUUCCAUGAUGCUGUAGGCCGAUCACACACUCUCAAUGACUCCGGCUCGUUUGGUGGCGGCGGCGCGGAUGGUAGCAUUAUCAAGUUCGCGGAUACCGAGCUCGCUGACAUUGGGAACACCGGUUUGGAGGACAUCGUCCUGGCUCUCAAGGAUUUCGCCGAUAAUCACAACGUAUCCUAUGGCGACAUCAUUCAAUUUUCUGGUGCGGUCGGACUAGCCAACUGUCCCGGCAGUCCUCGCCUGACCUUCUACGCUGGGCGACCCGAUGCUAUCGCCCCUUCGCCGCCCGGUCUCGUCCCGGCGCCGACCGAUCCCGCAGACGUCCUCUUAGCCCGCAUGUCCGACGCGGGCUUUACCCCGGAGGAGACGGUGGUGCUUCUUGCGGCACAUUCGGUAGCUAAGCAGAAGGCGGUCGACCCGAGCGUACCGAACGUGCCGCUGGACAGCACGCCCGAGGUCUUCGACACCAAGUUCUACUCAGAGAUGCUGCUCAAUGGUACGUGCUACCCAGGCAAGGGCAGCAGCCCUGCAGAGGUCAAAUCGCCCUCCAAGAACGUGAUGCGGCUAACUUCCGAUGCUGCCAUCGCCCAACACGCGAGCAUUGCGAGCACUUGGCGGUCAUUUGCAGGCAACCACGACGUCAUGCGAGCGGCAUUCAGAGAGGUCAUGCAUAAACUCGCGACCCAGGACCAUGCCGACCUCGUCGACUGUUCUUUCGUCAUCCCUACACCAGCCCUUCUAAUGAGGCCGCCCGCGGUCCGUCCGAAUACGGAGAAUCUAUAGAGAACACCGCCCGAGCGCCGUCUUCGCCGAGAAGGACUACACCAUUCCUAUGAAACUCACGCUUGAUAAUGUUUUGAGGAUUUUGUAACACCCUAGUAUCUGUAUCGAUAGCACUGUAGCGAUUGAUGAUCCGGUCAUAGUUUUUGUAUAUCCAUACUU